AUGAGAACAGUGAUCUUAAUAGUUAUCUUGAUAGGGAUAGUUCAAUCAGCACAGCAUCUGAGACAAAAGCAGAGUCAUAUAUUGAAUGGACAGAAAUUAGCUUUGAUAGAAAAAUAAGUGCAAUAUAUUGAUGAUGAUGUUGAAUUGAAUGGACAACAAGAAAUUCAAUAAGAAGGAUUUUAAGAAAUCAAUGUUCAUGAAUAAAUGUAAGUUCAAAUAGAGGAAGAAGCAGUAAUAUAAAUAGAUGAAGAAUAAACAUUAACCGCUGAAUAAAUGGAAGAGUUAGAUAGAAAAGAAUAAGAAGAAUAUGAGAGAAUGAAGAGAUAAACACUUGAAGAAUAACAUCUAAAUGAUGAAGACACUUAUAUGUAGAGUUAAUAGAAUGAAAGCAAAAAAGACAAUCAAUAUGAUCCUGAAAGCGAAAUGCCUGUAGAUGUAGUUGAACACCAACUCACUCCAGUUAUUUAAAAGGAUCCAAUCCCUGAUCAAAAGGGAGUUAUUUCUCCAUUUGCUCCUGCAGAUAACAGUUUACCAUAUUCAUCAUAUGAUAGUGAAAGUGGAUUCGAGGUUAAGGAGAGUGAUAUCAAAAUGUAGGGAUCAAUCAGUCCUAACGAUUUGGAUCAAUAUUUGCAAGAGCAAUAUCAAAAAGAGAUGGAAUAAUUUGCAAAUGUCCCCAUGUGAAAAUAUAAAAUAAUUAUAACAAUAAUUCAAUCCAUCUC